AUGGAGCUGGGGAAGGCCCCUCGGCCUGAGUGCCCUUGGUGGUUUCGAUUUUGCACAUCUGCUAGCUAUGUGAAUUGUGCUGAUAACAAUACCAUUUAUGAAGGAUCCCUGCUUCUUCCAAAGACCCCACAGCACUGUCCUGGAAAAAGCUACCAGGGGAGUGACUUAUCAGGAGUCCCAGGUGUUGGAAGAGGUUCUGCCCCGGUUUUCUGGGCGUGGACGAGCGAGCUGGGUUGGAAAUGGCUGUGGUCCGACUUGGCGGGGACUGACCCUGUCCUCAGAUUCUGCCUCCGCGAGCCUCAUUUCGGCGCCACGGUGGCUUUUCAACCUGCCCCCCAGGCCCGCUGUCCGGGACUUAAGAUGGGGAGCCUCCUGGGGACGGGAUGCCUGGGGGUGGCGUCGCGUCUUUGUUUUGACCGGGGGCUGGGGGGUUGGUGCGCGGGGCGGCCGUCUCCUCCCUCAGGCACCGCCGUGAGGGCCGCGGGCCCCGCGCACAGGUGUCGCCACUGCCCCGGCGUCCCGCCCGCGGCGCGCCGCUUCCUGAGCGCGCCCCGCCCUGCGGCUCAGCCCCGCGGCGCAGGCGACGGAGGGCCAGGUGCCGCUGCAGCCUGCCCGCCCGCCCGCCCGCCCGCCCGCCCGCCUGCCUGCCCGGCCCUCUCCCGCCGCCCGCCACAUGCAGGCCGCCGCCGCCCUCCCGGAGGAGAUCCUUUGGCUCCUGGAAGGCGUCUCCACCUUCCACUUAGCCUCCAGGCUUCUAAGCAAGUUCAGGCCGCGUUCAUGGUCCCCGAGCCGCCGUGCUGGCCUUCAAGCUGUCCCUUUCUCCUCGGGACGCCCUGUGUCUAUAGGUUUCGCUCUCGUCCCUCUCCCGCCCUGACUCCGUCUGUCCAGCUCGCACGCCCCACUUUUGAAGUCAGAAGCACAAGAGAUACUGAGGAGUUCCUGGGAGAAGUUUUGCGGAAUGAGAACCUCAGUGCUGGUGCAAGGGACAGCAGAGACCAUAUUCUACGGGGCUUGCAGCAAAUCAAAGCUAGGUACUUUUGGAAUUUUCACCCCCAAGGAGGAGACGAAGCUGAAAAUUACCUUGGACAGGACAGCUCGGAUGAUAAUCACAGUGGAACUCAUGGUCCUUCUCUCACAUCAGAUGCACCUUUUUUGUCAGAUUAUCCGGAUAAGGGAAUGGAAGACAUCACAAGAGGAGCUCAAGAGCUUGAUAAUAUCAUCAAGCAAGGAUACUUAGAGAAGAAAAGCAAAGAUCAUAGUUUCUUUGGAUCAGAGUGGCAGAAGCGGUGGUGUGUUGUCAGCAGAGGCCUCUUCUACUACUAUGCUAAUGAGAAAAGCAAGCAGCCCAAAGGGACCUUUCUCAUUAAGGGCUACAGUGUACGGAUGGCCCCCUACCUGCGAAAAGAUGCCAAGAAAGAAUCCUGCUUUGAGCUGACCUCCCAGGAUAGGCGCAGCUAUGAGUUUACAGCUUCUAAUCCAGCUGAUGCCAGAGACUGGGUGGAUCAAAUAAGUUUCUUGUUAAAGGACCUGAGCUCCUUAACCAUUCCAUGUGAAGAGGAGGAGGAAGAGGAGGAAGAAGGGGAGAAAGAGGAAGAGGAAGAGACAUAUGAUGAUAUCGAUGGUUUUGACUCCUCAAAUUCUGGUUCCCAGAGCAGACCCAUUAUCUUGCAUGGGAGCGUGGGGCUCAAAGAGCCCAUGGAGGAGAAAGAAGAAGAUAUUUAUGAAAUCUUACCAGAUGAAGAGCAUGAUCUAGAAGAGGAUGAGAGUGGCACUCAACAAAAAGGAGUGGACUAUGCCAAUUAUUAUCAGGGCCUAUGGGAUUGCCAUGGUGACCAGCCAGAUGAACUGUCCUUCCAACGGGGUGACCUCAUCCGCAUUCUGAGCAAGGAAUAUAACAUGUAUGGCUGGUGGGUUGGAGAACUGAACAGCCUCAUUGGGAUUGUUCCAAAGGAGUAUCUCACCACCGCCUUUGAAGUGGAAGAAAGAUGAAGCCCAGGACACAUAUCCUUCUCUCCACCCUGCCUUUAUGAAGAAACUGAUGAUCAAGAGCUCCCACUCCCUUAUCCCAUCCAGCCCACCAACAUCAUGGGCUCUUCCCUGUACAGAAGAGACCCAAGUCUCUGACACCCACCGUGUAGUAACUGUACACCACCAAUGAGACAAGUGAGAAGAGGCAUCUUCAGCAGACCUGUUACUAAACCUGCCUCCUCAUAGAUGAGCCCAUCUCUAAACAUCUCCACAUACCCACUUCUGCCUUUUCCACCAGCUUGUCACAGAGAAGGUGAGAGAGAGAGAAACCUUUGGAGGAAGAAGUUGCUGGUUGCUUUGGCUGGU